AUAAACCCCCUGCAACCACCGUAGCUACCUCCGAAGCUCUUCAGUUUCAGUCUCCUGGUCUCCCUCGCGUCAUCGCCCACUCGCCGCGUGCGUGCAUCACGACAGCCUAAGCCAUGAAGCCGAGCGCCGCUGUCAUGCUCGCCGCCGUCGUGGCGCUGCUCCUGGUCUCGGCCGUGCGGGGCGAGGACGACUGCGGGUCGCCGGAGUCGGCGGCGCGCGACCGCGCGCGGGCGAGGCCGCUUAAGAUCGCGGCCUUCUUCUCCAUCCUGAUCUGCGGGGCGCUGGGUUGCUCCCUGCCCGUGCUGGGGCGACACGUGCCCGCGCUCCGGCCCGACGGCGACGUCUUCUUCCUGGUCAAGGCGUUCGCGGCGGGGGUCAUCCUCGCCACGGGGUUCAUCCACAUCCUCCCCGACGCGUUCGAAAAUCUCACGUCCGACUGCCUGCCUGCCGCCGGGCCGUGGAAGGACUUCCCGUUGGCCGGGUUGGGAGCCAUGGUCGGCGCCAUCGGCACGCUCGUCGUCGACACCCUCGCCACGGGGUACUUCACGCGCGCCCACUUGAACAAGGACCGAGCCCACGGCAGCAGCGCCGCCGUGGUGGACGAGGAGAAACAGGCUGCUGCUGCCGCCGCCAGCGAGUUAGCGCGCCACCACGACGGCGGGGAGCACGAGGGACAUGUUCACUUGCACACGCACGCAACCCAUGGCCACACCCACGGGUCGGCGGCGCUCGUUGCGGCCGUUGGCGGCGCCGAGGACGAAAAGGACACGAUCCGGCAUCGUGUAAUCUCUCAGGUACUCGAGUUGGGUAUUGUGGUGCACUCGGUGAUCAUCGGCAUCUCCCUCGGCGCGUCUCAGGACCCGGAAACUAUCAAACCUCUCGUCAUUGCCUUGAGCUUCCACCAGAUGUUCGAGGGAAUGGGCCUUGGUGGCUGCAUAGUUCAGGCAAAGUUCAACGCUAGGUCCAUCGUGACCAUGAUCCUCUUCUUCUGCCUGACAACGCCGGUGGGCAUCGCCAUCGGCUUCGGCAUAUCUCGAGUGUACAACGAGAACAGCCCGACGGCGCUGGUGGUGGAGGGCAGCCUCAACUCUGUGGCAGCGGGGAUCCUCGUCUACAUGGCCCUCGUCGACCUCCUCGCCGAGGACUUCAUGAACCCUAAGGUGCAGAGCAGGGGAAAGCUGCAGCUUGGUAUCAACGUCUCCAUGCUGGUCGGUGCAGGCCUCAUGUCCAUGCUCGCCAAAUGGGCCUAGCCGGAAGCCAGAAACAUGAAACAGUUUUGCUCCAUGACAUAUGAGUCCAGGAUAUAGACUUGCAUAUAUUGGAUCGUCGAGGUUGAAACGAUGUAAUCUUGGCACAUAUUAUUCAUCUCCCCAGGCUGGUAAUGCCAACCCAGUAGUGUAGGCAUCUAAACAAACCAGUAAUGUAGGUUUUGGACCAAGAGUUUGGGAUGUGCGGAAAGUGUGUGUGCGUAUCACAAGGGAAGUCUACAUUAUGUCGUCACCUUUGACGAGCCUUUCAAAUAAAACUGUUGAAAAAAAAUUCUUCAAAUAAAUGAUAAUUAACAACAA